AUGAGCAAUUACGACAAGAACAGAGAUGAAGCAUUCGAAAAGGAGGCCUGGAAUGCCGCACGAGCAGUAUUUUCAGGAAAUCAUGAUCCAUCCAACUUCCAGCCAUUUCUCAAAGACUAUACCACACCCGAAUCAGCUCGGAGUUCGGUCGUCCAGGCGCAAAAAGAAGCCAACUCCGAGUAUAAUGGUAAACUUGGUGCCAUUCUUGACAAGGUCGACCAGUUUAUGAAAGUGGGAGAUCUCGCCAUCAAGUCAGCCCCUGAAAGUGUCGGCCUUGCCUGGACCGGUAUCAGACUCUGCCUUCAUUCAGUCCAAGAUGACUUUGCAACCUUCAGCCUCUUCUCCGGAGCGUGCGCAGAUAUCUUAGGAAUCCUCAUAUCUUGUCGAGUUUAUGGCCGCUUGUAUGCAACCCGGGACCGUCCUCCUGAAUUUACCGAGCUUCAUGAAAAGGUGUUGAGUUACAUUCAGGAUACAUACGUGAACAUCAUCGAGUUCUCAUAUCAAAUGUGGAAAUAUGCUCGAUCCAACACCGGCGUGCGUGUCAUCAAGGGGUUGUUCCGUAGCGCCCAAGGAAAGUUCCAGCCCAAGAUAAAAGCCAUCAAAGACAACGAAGCCCAGAUGAAUAAAUAUGCCUCCCAGGCAAACCAACAAGUCUCGCAGUAUUAUCAGAAGAAAGGCCUGGACAACGACGCAACAAUGAUGAAAGGCUUAUCGGAACAAAUGGAAAUGCUACAAGCAUUGCAAGAGGAGGCCGCCAAGCAGAACAAGUUGAUGGAGGAAUUGAUGAAGAGAGACGAACUUCACAGAGGAGACCAACGUAUGACUGCAGCCGAGAUCACCCAUGCCAAUUGGGAAAAGCAAAAGAAGGAACUGCCAUCCCUCGAGGACAAUCAACAAGUGCUAGAUUCUAAACUAGCUGCUCGCAAAGAAGGAACUUGUGGCUGGAUUCUGGAAAACAGUAAAUUUCAAGACUUUGUCAACGCUGAAGGUGGUAACGUUACCUGGCUGGUCGGCACUGGUGGAUCUGGAAAGUCUUUCCUCAUGUCUGCUGCCAUCGAAGACCUCAAAAACAAGGCCCACAAACACGACUCUCUCGUCCACUACUUUUUCAUAUCGAGGGGCUCUCAAGCCACCACCCAGGCUGAUCAAAUCGAGCGCCAUCUUCUUGCACAACUCUACCGUGAGGCGGCCCAAUCGUUGGAUGUCCUGGAUAAGUGUAAUAAGGCUGUUUCGGAUUAUAUCGAACACCAAAAGAAGAGCACUACCUCCAAAACCACUACCAAGAAAGCGACAGAGGGUCAAGCUGGAUUUGAACAAACCUACAUCGCCCUGGCCAAGCUCAUCAAUAAGCGAAUCUACCUCAUGAUAGACGCUGUGGACGAGUGUGCCGACAGAGAGACACAAGAAUUCAUCCAGACAAUCAAGAACUUCGCCGGUACACCGGGCUUGAAGGUGAAUAUCUACUGUAGCAGCAGAGACGAACCUGAUAUAGCAGCUGUGCUUGAGGGUUGUCCAAGAAUCAGUGUGGAGGAGAAUAAUUCAAAAGAUAUCGCCGAGCAUGUCCAAGCCGAGAUGGCCAAAUUACCUGGGUUCACUCCAGCAGAGCGUGAAGAGGCUUGUCGAGAAAUCAUCCAAAAGGCCGGAUGCUACUUCCGUUACGUCGAGCUGGCAAUGGACUUUAUGCGGAGACCGUGGCGGAGGCCUUUAUCAGCACAUCUUGAGUCCUUACCUUCAGGUGUUGAUAACAUUUAUGCUCAACGUCUAAAUCAGACUAACCCUGCGUACUACGAUCUGCUCACCCACUGCCUGACCUGGACUACUCUUGCCGGAGAGGAAUUGACUGUUCAGGAACUCAUCGAUGGAUAUAAGGGUAGUUUUUUGGACGAGGAAGGUAACUUAGAAGACAACCACGACGAGGAGAACGUGGAUCCGGAACUCUACGAAGAGCAAAUCAGACAGGCUGGAAGUGGCUUCCUUCGGGUAAAUGCUGACCAUACGGUCAGCCUAGUUCACAACACUGUGCGAGACUUUUUCCUGCAACCACAAAGCGUCGCUGACGACAGCACAAACUCGGUGGGUGAGACUGAAUGCCAAUGUGCUAGGUGCCAAAGAGAGUUGAAACGCAGCAGAAAAUUUGUGGUUUCAGAAAGAGAAGGCCAUAUGCAAAUCACCACCACAAUCCUUCAACAUCUGCUAUCUCCGUCAUUUCAGCGCAAAUACUACGCUAAGCGCAGGGACGAAUUGGACGGAGAGGAAAAUGAUCAGGCGAAAUUGGAUGGAGAGAACCCGACCGAUGACGUUCAAACUGAAAACGAUGCACCACCAGCGGAAGCCUCACACGAACAGAUUGAGAGCAGCGGUGUUCAAGUGCAGGAUGAAAACAUUAACGAGCUAACGACCGAGAAUAUCGAUGGUGUGCAACAAACAUCGAAACAAGACAACGAGGAAGCAACACAAGCACUGUCCGUUGUCAAUGGCGAAUCGUUGACUAAUGGCGUUUCGGACGACCAAAAUCCAAAGUCUGCCGAAAGCAACGAUGAUUCUAACCAAGCACAAGAAAAGGAUGGUCCAGCGAGUGAGAAAGCAGGUCAAAGCAGCAACGAUGCUCUUGCGACGGCGGAAGCAAAGGACGACCAGUCUGUAGUAGACAGUGAUGAGAAUGUGGACUUGACAGAACAGGAUCGAGCUCGGCUUUGGGACAUUCAGGCAGACCAAGAUACCUCCUACCAGGCUCGGUACGAAAUUUCAAGACUGAGGUGGCAUUUGACACAGCUGGAAGAUAUCUAUCCCGCCAAGGAGAGGUCUGGCGAACAAUGGAGUCGAUUGCGUGAACUCCUCGAAAGAUUUCUUGAUCCAGAAUCUGAGGCGUGGAAAGGAUGGAUCCGAUCGUUGUCCGCCGCGAAACUGACGAUCGACUCCAUCGAGAUGUACGAUGACACCGAAGAAUUACAUCCUCUAGUUUUCGCCGCAUGCUGUGGCUUGACCAGCUUGGCGCAAAUACUUUUGGCCCGACCCAACGCCUCAAAGUUUGUCAACCUAAAGGUGCCGGAAGGGAUGAGCGUUCUAUGCUUUGCGGUAAUUUUUCAGUUGACCACAGAAAAAAGUAUGGAUGCGUUCUUUCAGGUCAUGUUAGAUGCCGGCGCUGACCCAAACAUCGACAACCAUUGGGAUGACGAGUUACUGGGAAGGACUUUUCACUUUCUCCUCGGGUGUCGGGCGGUCACCUUGGCACAGCUCGAGAUGUUCCUCGCGCACAAUGCUCAGAUUAAUACCCUCGACGAAACUGGCAAUGCUGCCUUGCAUUUCUUCGCUGCGGGAGAUGCUGAUCUUGAGAUAGGGGUGGCACUGGUUGAGGCUGGUGCAGAUAUUCACCUCCGCAAUGCGAGAGGGGAGACUGCGAUGCAUUUUCUCGCCCGACGGGAUGUUUGCCGCGUUGAUAUUAUGAAGUAUUUCAUUGAGAGAGGCGCUGAGAUCGAUGCAGAAGACGAUGCAUCGGAAAGACCACUGUACGAAGCUGCCCAGGCAGGACAUUCUGAGGGAGUCAAAUUGCUACUUGAACACGGUGCCGACAUUGAGGAUCCGGGCGACGGCGGCGAAACAGCACUCUUUGUUGCUGCAACGGCUGGCAAAACGGAAGUUGUGAAGGUCCUUCUUGAGCAAGGAGCGGAUUCUCUCAAACGAAAUCACCUGGGAGCAACCCCAUUCGGAAUGGCUUGCAAAUAUGGCGACACCGAGUCUGCUCUCCUCCUUGGGAGAGUCAUGGUAGAGAAAGGAGAGACUGAGCCUCUCAACUGGCAAAAUACUUGGGGAAAGACCCCGCUGAUGCGAGCUGCGUCUCGAGGACUUUCGAGCGUGAUUGACUUCAUCCUUGACCAUGUCGACGCACGGGCUGCUCUUGUGACUGUGUCCAAGAAGGGCUGGUCGCCUUUGCACUAUGCAGCACUGAGGGCCCGUCCCGAUGCGAUAAUGACCUUGCUGAAACGUGGAGCAGAUAGUCAAUGCAAGGAUAUGCAGGGCAAAACACCGCUGCAGCUGUGUUACUCGAAGAUCUGGACAAAACCUGACGAGGACCGCGAAAAAGCGAUAUCUGCAUUGAUUGACCACGAUCAGCAGGCAGCCAUCGCGGAGAUCGAGCUGCUUCAUACGCUGGCCAUCAAUGAUUGCCCCAAGCUUGUGGCAAAACUCCUGGAAUAUGGCGCCAAUCCUUACGCCACGGACGAACAUGGCUGGAACGUACUCCAACUGGCGGAGCAGUAUGACAGACCAGAUGUCGUUGAAGUGAUCAAAAACUCCAAGCUCAAGGCUGGUAUCCGGCCUUCUAAGUUUGUAGGGAGCUUUUCAGAUGUGCUCAUCUGUUCUCCUUCAGGUCUGGAGGUUGAGCUGCUGGAACGCGGCGAGCUCGUGCCAUUGUGGAUGGAUGCGAGUGAUACGUGUUACUCAACAGAUCAAGCCUUGAUCACCGACCAUCCCAUACCGGCAUCCUCUGAACGUUACUACUUCGAAAUGUCGAUUGCGGAUCGCGAGGUCAAGCUUGACGAUCCCAUCUUUGUGAUGGGAAUUACUCAAAAGCCCACUGGAUCCACGAAGCACUGGUUCCCGGGUUGGCCAAAACCCGGUACUUCGAGCUGGGCUUACCACGGCGACGACGGAAAGAUAUGGUGUGUCGCAGACCCUCCUAAAAUCAAGGAUCUGGGAUCGGCGAGAAAGUUCGGGUAUGGUGACACAGUCGGGUGUGGGGUCGACGUGAAGAAGCGGACGGUCUUUUGGACAUUGAAUGGAGAGAGGUUGAUGGAGGCCGGGUUCCAGAACGUGCGUGGCCAGAUCUAUCCGGUCAUCGUCGUCAGCCAAAUUGGCAAGGUCAAGGUCAAUUUAGGUCUGAACUUGAAGGACGAGCCUUUCCUGUGGGCACCGGGGAUCAACUGCGAUUUUGACCGAGACAUUCCUUCCCCAAGUUUGAAAAGGAUGAAAUCAGAGCAUUGA